GCUGGUGAGGAAGGGGGUGUCACUCGGGAAUCGCGGUGCCCGUGGGGAAGAGACCAGCCCAGGGUUGCCCUGUCUCUGCCGCGGUCACUGGGAUCCUGUCUCUGGCAGCGCCUUUGGCUCUGUCGCUGUUUCGGAAGCGAGCAGCCAGAUGCCCAGGAAGAAAGCCGUAGCACCGCUGAGCAGCUUGUGCCUGGGCAAUGUGGCCAGGCACAUGCAGAGCGUGUGGGUGAAGGAUUACAGCGAGAACUACCUCGAUGAGUACCAGUUCCGCUACGUCAUGGGGCCCUUCAACGAGCUGGCCGGCUGCUUAGUCCAGGACCUGCUCCAGCUACUGGGCAAGAGUCGGCGCCUGUCGCGGGCCGCGCUCCACCUGCUGCUCCUGCCCCACCUGACGGAGCUGAGCCUGCGCUCCUGUUCGGGCCUGGUCAGCAACGCCAUCACCCAGCUGAUCACGGUGCGCUGCAAGAACUUGUCCUCCCUGGACCUCAAGGGCUGCAGCCGGGUGCAGACGGCCGCGCUGGUGGACCUGCUGGAAGGCCUGCCACGUCUGAGCAAGCUGGGCCUGGCGGAGACGCAGGCCAACACGCAGGUGCUGGCGGCUGUGGGCUCCUGCUGCCGGCGCCUGCGGGAGCUGGACGUCUCGCACUGCCAGAAGGUGGCGCCGGACUCCCUGCUGCACCUGGCCUACGACCAGACCGAGAGUGCCCUGUGCUGCCCCGCACUGCGGGUGCUGCUGGCCCAGGGGAUAGAGCCCAAGGCCCCCGGCCAGGACUUGGUCAGAGCCCUGGCCUUUCUGCUGCUGGCUCUGCCCAGCCUGGAGUUCCUGGCCAACAGCCACCUGAGGGAGGCCCUGUGUCUCAUUCACACGCAGCAGUUCAGCGGCGUGCAGGGCUUGCUGGGAUUCCCCUCGCUGGAGGAGCUGGCCCGGCGCAGACAGGGUGCCCAUGCAGCCGGGGGCGACUCCUGGCUCACGCUGCCACUCAGGCGGGUGGAGGAGGUGGAGGAGCCCUUCCUCCCCAUCUUCUGCUCCGUGUGCCCAGAGGUGGUGGAGGCAGCCGUGUCUCUCAGCGACGGCCCUGGCACCAGCUGGGGCAGCCUGGCCUGGAGCCGCCUCACCCAGCUCGCCGUGCACUGCACGGGGCACCGGGGGCGGGGGCUGGCCGAGAUGCUUCCCGUGGCUCAGGGCCUGGGAGCCCAGCUGCAGUCCCUCUCCCUCCACGGCUUCUCCUACGAUGACGAGUUUUCCUUCUGCGCCCUGCUGAACUGCUGCUGCAACCUCGCCGUCUUCAGCAGCCACCUGAGCGCCCCCACAGGGCCCAUGCGGCCGGCCGACGCUGUGCCCAACGGGGAGCCUGCCGCAGACCCGCAGGACUGGGAGCUGGACCUGCUCCGCCACCCCUUCCCCAAGCUCCGGCAUUUCAGCUUGGGCCUGGCCAGCUCAUGUGAGCCUCUCCCUUCCCAGCAUGCCACUGUCCUGCGGGCGAGCCUGGCCUCGCUACUCAGCCGCUCCCCCCGCCUGGAGACGCUGGCCCUGCUCAGCAUCCCCUUCUCCCUGGACGGCGUGUUCCAGAAGGUGCUGGCUGCCCCCGGCGCCGCCCUCGGCAAUCUGCGGGAGCUGUCGCUGGCCGAGAGCCUGGUGUCCAGCCCGACCCUGCACUGCCUGCUGGCCCUGGACAAUGGGCUCAGCUCCCUGAACCUGACCGGCUGCCCAGCCAUCCACCGCCGCGACUACGACCAGCUGCUCCGCACCAUCCGCAGGGAGAGGCUGGAGCUGGACAUCGCAUGGCAAUGAGGUGUCCUGCCUCGCUUGGGACGCUGCCCCGUGCCGCGGGAAGGAGCCCACACCGCACGCAGGCACCAGAGAGCUGUAUUUAAUAAAGCAGAGUGAGCACGGGG